CUAGUAUUUUGUUAUAUUUUUACCAUGUGGUAUUCAUUUUUGCUAUUCAUAUCUGGUAUUCAGUUCUGCUAGUCAUAUCUGGUAUUCAGUUCUGCUAGUCAUUAUUGUUAGAAUUUUUCCCCUUUUGUUUUAUUAGUUUUAGUUUCUGUUUUUUAUUAAACAUUAUUUUUAGAAGGUGGUCCAUCCCGCGCUGAUAAUCUAAAAUAGAUUGUGUUGCCUAAUAUCAAAAUAUACCUUUUACUCUUGUUCAGAUUUAAAUCAUCAGAAUGAAUCUGCACAUCGCAAAUAUUUCAAAUCUGGCUUCGAAAGAGGACGUAGCGAACCAUUUAGUACAGUUUAAACCAUAUAUCAGUGAUUUGAAGUUGUACAACAACCCCGACGUGAAGAAGAGAACCAAGAUUGCCAUCAUCAAGUUCAAGGACAAGAUGAGAGCUGAGUCGGCAGUGGAUUGUCUCACUGGGAGCAUACUCAAGGAUCAACAGAUCUUUUUGGAGCUAGAGGAGGAAAAACCUGAAGAAGUUCCUAGGGAGAUAAGAAUCUCUUCAGAGAGCAGUGAAGAUGCAGAUACUGCGGAUGGGCGCAGUUUACGGAAUGGAAUGUACAAGUGCCAUGGCUGCAAUAAACAGUUUCGAACACUUCCUUACUUCUCCGGACACCUGGAGCUCUGUAGGUUCAACCAGGAGAAGCUGAGAGUGCUACAGGAGCAGAUACUCAGGAAAAGAGCUGAGAGCACCCAGGAGCGUAUUCUGAAGAACCUAGAGAAUAAUUCAAACCAUCCUGAUCAAAACCAGAACUCUGUCGAGGAUAAAAACCUCUCCUUAAAUAUUGUUUCUAAUGAGAAGAAACAGCCUGACGGUGGCGAGGAUGGGGAAAAACCUGUUAAAGCUGAUCGGAAGAAGAAAAAGAAAUCUCAAAAAUCAGCUGCUGAUGCACAGGCAGAAAAUGCGCAAUUGCCGCAGGAAUCGGAGAACUCAGGAUCUUCUGCUGAAUUUCUCUCCGAUCCUUCCUCAGACCCUACUCCAUGUCAUGGUUCAGCUUCUCAGACAUCCGUCACUAAUCUUACCACUAGUUUAUCGGGUUCUACGCCCUCCAUUCUUCAACCUCAGGGUUCAAUCUCGACCCCAACUGCUCCGGGUUAUGGUCAGCCUGCUGGAUUUCCUAACCUUCUCCUCAAUCAGAUUCUGCAGACGAACCCUGCUCUUCUUAACAACCCUGCACUGAUGAAUCAGAUUCUUGUGCUGGAUCAAGCCCAGGUUUUGGGAAACCAACAGAAUCAGCUCCUUGGAAACCAACAGAAUCAGCUCCUUGGAAACCAACAGAAUCAGCUCCUUGGAAACCAACAGAAUCAGCUCCUUGGAAACCAACAGAAUCAGCUACUUGGAAACCUUCCUUGGGGCUUCCAGAGCCAGUUUCCUAGUAAUCUCCAGAAUCCGUUCUUGGGAAAUUCGCCUUUUCAGUUGCCCGGAAACCUAUCAAAUCAGUUUCCUGGAAGCUUACCAAAUCAAUUUUCUGGAAAUCUACUGAACCAGUUUCCUGGGAACUUUCAGAAUCAGUAUUCUGGAAAUCCGUAUGCUCAAUUUUUUACAGAUAGGACACAAGUUUCUGGAAAUUUGCAGGCAAAUUUUCCUGGCAAUACACACCCACAGUUUCCUGGAUAUCUGCCCAACCAGUUUCCUGGGUCUCUACCCAACAAGUUUCCUGGAAAUUUUCAAAGCCAUCAGUUCGCAUCACUACAAAGCCAGUUGGGAAACCUCCAGUAUCAGGAAGCUGGUAAUCAGGUAGCAGGAAACCUGCAAGAAAACCAGUUUAAUAGAAACCUGCCAAAUCAAUCAAUGAAUGGUCAGUUCGCAGCACUUAACCCCGUCAUGUCUACUCUUAACCCAGGAAAUAGUUCUGCCCCUGGGUUUCUGCAAGAAGUUAACUCUCAAACAGUAAGGAAACCGUCUCUGAAACAACCGAAAUCUGGAACGUCUAAUGAUAUUAAUAUAAACAAAAUGGAGGACUGUCGCGAUGUUGAAGGAAGACGACAUGUCAAAUUUAAGGAACCGGUUUUUGAUUCGGGGGAACAGCAGUUCUUGGCGAAGCCUUCUCUUUCGGAGAACAGCAAUUACAGGUCAACUGAAGCUGCGACUAACAGAAACGAUCCCUCCUCUGCUGAAGAAGUUCCCAGCAGAGCUACAUUCAUAUCUGACGGAGCUGGAGCCCUUUUCGACGGAGCAAUAGCUCUACCCAACGAAGCUAUAGCACUUCCUGAAGAGCCUGCUGACCGGCCUGCUGUGGUUCAAGAUAAUGAGCUUAUCUUGCAACAGGUUUAGUAAUUUUUCUGGG